AUGGCAAGCUUCGGGUUCUCCAUCGGGGAUAUCAUCCUAAUCAGCAACUACGCGUAUUCGGUCUACAAGUCGUGUCAGAAUGCUGGUGACAACUUCAGAGAGAUCACGUCAGAUGUGGCUUCUCUACGCACACUCCUCAUCGCUCUCGACGAUGAGUGCAAGAACCCCCUGUCUUCGUUCCAGCAGCUUCCCCUCGCGCAGAAGGGCGAGCUCGCUGCGCGCCUACAGGACUGCAAAGCCGAUCUUCGCUCGGUCAAGAAGAUACUGCACGACUUCCGGUCGCUCAACUUACGCGAUGCGCGGUAUUUCGAUCGGCUCGCUUUCACGACUGGGAAGCAGGCGGCAAUACGGGAGAAGAUUGCGACGCAUAGUGUUCGGUUGCAACAGCUGUUGACCGGCAUCAACGUCGGCACGUUUUCGAGAAUCGAGAGGAAUACUGAGGCGCAUUAUCUGUCGCUUCUCGAAAUCCGGGCGAAAUUGGAUCGGAUUCAUAUGGACGUGCUCGCGGGUAGACGUGAUGCCACGGCAUUCGUAAACUCGGAGGAUGUGGUAGCGUUGGAAGACGAGGUCCUCGACGACCAUAUGACAGAGGUUGAUGUUGACGUAUCAUAUGAAGUUCACGCCUGGGUGGAACGAGUACACGCAGAAACCUCCCAACCGCUAUCGAUGCCAGACAACGAUGUCGCCGCUAUCGAGGGUGAUGGCACGGCAACAAGCAGCAGUUCGGACACAUGUAGCGUACAAGAGCCGUCGAACACCAAAUCUUCCAGAAACGACAGUCACAUACGCGGCGACAGCCCCAACUCUUCAGGCGACGGGUCUGACACGGAUGAGCAAAAUAGUCAGUCUGAGGAUAUGCAAGAGUCUCUGGAAGCCCAUGAAGCUCCGGAGGGUGGCUAUACUCCGCGCUUUCUUUGUGAAUCAGAACGACGCGCACUUCAAUACCAGACGGAGACCACGCCCAAUGAGAAAUCCGGAAAGGAACUGCUCGCACUCGGGUACUAUAUGAAGAGUACGCCGGCUGAACCAUUCAAUCUCGAAACCCACGAAGCUCCAGAGGAUGGCUCUACUCCACGUCUGGUUUCUGAUCUAGAACAACGCGCACUCCGGUACCAGACGAGUAGCAAGCGCACAAACCCAUCCGAGCCAACUGAACAUGAAAGCACGCUUAUCGACCUGACUAAUCAUGGGUGGUAUUACGAAGUUGUGAAAUCCGAGGAAAUAUAUCACUUUGACGAGCAAGAUAGGUGCUGGGUCGACCAAAGCCUUUGCCACGAUAAGUCGCGCGGGCCACGUGUGGUCCGGGAGUAUGUCGAUGUAACUCUUGAAGAGGUAUUCACCGGAACGAGCAAGCAGUUCACUCUCCGGCGCAGUACUGUCAAUCCAGAAACCCACGAUUCGGAGUCCUUCGAAGACAUCGCGAUCAGCCUACAGAUCAAGCGGGGAGUGCUCAACGGAAAUGCGAUCUGCUAUGUUAUGCAAACAGACCCACACCUCAAGCUUAAAACGUCCAUCGUGUUCAAGAUUCGACGUAAACCGCAUUUGCUAUUCCAGGAUCUUGAUGGAGAUCUGGUCCACACAAUCCACCUUACAUCAGCAGAAAAGAAAAACGGCUGGAAGAGGAAGAUCCAAAAUGUCGAUGCUGGACGAACCAAACGCAACAGCGAUGUUCUCAACAGCUUCGCUAGAUUCGCCAUGGCAUAUGCAUGUAUUGACUACCGUAAAGAGACCGAAGUAAGCAUCCAGGACAUCGGCAAUCAGCUGUAG